AUGCCAGGUACUAUUGAAGCUGGUAUUUGUGGAUUUAAGCAUCUGGCCUGUUCUGGAUUUGUUCCAUGUGCAUCUUCAAACAACGUUUGUUACGAAGCUGGUCAUAUCUGUGUGCAUCAUCCUAUAUGCCAUACACAUCCUAUUUGUUAUCCAUUGUCGAUGGCCGGUGAACCAUUUUGUCCAACGAUAACAAUGACCAAUACUACAACAAAACCAACUUUAAUUACAACUACAACUUCAGCUACGACCACCACUUCGCAGCCAGAAUGGUCUGUUACCGGUAAUAUGACUAAUGGACGAGUUUGGCACACAGCAUCCGUAUUAUUAAAUGGAAAAGUAUUAGUUACUGGUGGAUUCGGCAAUCGUAGUUAUUUAAAUAGUGCUGAGCUGUAUGAUCCGUCAACAGGUAUUUGGACAACUACUGGUAGCAUGAGUAAUGCACGAUCUGAUCAUACAGCAUCUUUAUUAUCAAAUGGAAAAGUAUUGGUUAGUGGUGGACGCUAUGGUAAUUUAGAUUAUUUAAAAAGUGCCGAGCUGUACGAUCCAUCGACAGGUACUUGGACAACUACUGGUAGCAUGAUUAAUGAACGAAUAUGGCACAUAGCAUCUGUAUUAUCAAACGGAAAAGUACUAGUUAGUGGUGGAUCCCGUAAUGGUGCUUUAAAUAGUGCUGAAUUGUAUGAUCCAUCAACAGGUACUUGGACAACUACUAGUAGCAUGAUUGAUAGACGAUUUGGUUACACAGUAUCUGUGUUAUCAAAUGAAAAAGUAUUAGUUACUGGUGGGAGAAGCGUUGGUAAUAUUAUCUUGAAUAGUGUUGAGCUGUAUGAUCCAUCAACAGGUAUUUGGACAACUACCAGUAACAUGACUAAUGCACGACAUUUUCACACAGCAUCUGUAUUAUUAAAUGGAGAAGUAUUAGUUACUGGUGGAUGGAGCGCUAGUACUGGUUAUUCAAACAGUGCUGAGUUGUAUGAUCCAUCAAAAGAUAUUUGGACAACUACUAGUAAUAUGAAUAUCGCACGAGGUUAUCAUACAGCAUCUGUAUUAUCAAAUGGAAAAGUACUAGUUACUGGUGGAGUCAAUCGUAAUAGUGAUUAUGCAAAUAGUGCUGAAUUGUAUGAUCCAUUAACAGGUACUUGGACAACUAUUAGUAGCAUGACUGAUGCACGAUAUUCUCACAAAGCGUCUAUAGUAUUAAAUGGAAAAGUAUUAGUUACUGGUGGAUAUAAUUAUCCAAUCGCUUUGAAUAGUGCAGAAUUAUAUGAAUUAUUUCACACAAAUUAA